AUGUCUUCGGUCGCCUCCACCUUUGCAAUCCCACGGCGCCAGAAUGCCUUGGUGGUUGCCGGCCCGGGCCAGCUUUCUCUGCACCAAGAUGGGCCUCUGCCCCACGUGGCCCCUGAUAUGGCCCUUGUUCGCACUGUUGCUGUCGCUAUUAAUCCCGUCGACGCCAAGAUGCUCGAUUACAGUCCAGCAGUUGGCGCUUUUCAUGGAUGCGACUUCGCCGGGGUCGUUGUCGCACUCGGCUCAGACGCCCCGCGUCAUCUUUCCAUCGGAGACAGGGUUGCUGGGGCCGUUCAUAGGAACAACUCCCUGGAGCCCCGUGUCGGUGCCUUUGCACAGUAUGUUGGAGCGACCGCUGAGCUGCUCCUCAAGAUUCCUGACACGAUGACUUUCGAGAAGGCAUCCACUCUCGGCAUCGGCUUGGCCACCGCGGGUCUUGCCUUGUUUCGCGAAUUAGAGAUCCCCGUGCGUAUCGAGGAUCUGAUCGACAGGGCCGGGCCGGAUUCGGAUGUCACACCGAAUGCGGCGUGGGUCCUUGUAUCUGGAGGCAGCACCGCCACUGGCACCAGGGCUAUUCAACUUCUCAAGCUGGCAGGAUUACGGCCAAUUGCAACUUGCUCGCCGUCGAAUUUCGCACUGGUCCUCGGAUUUGGAGCCGAAAAGGUGUUUAAUUACCGCAGUCCGGACUGCGCCAAAGAGAUCCGUGCUUACACACGCAACGGCCUGGCGUACGCGCUCGACUGCGUGUCUGAGUCAGACAGCGCCCAGCUGUGCUAUGGCGCAAUUGGUAGGGCUGGCGGGCGGUAUUGCGGGGUCGAGCCCGUCCGCCAAGCCGUGGCAGCUGCGCGCCCGACCGUCCGCGCUUCGUGGGUGAUGGUCCUGACCAUGUUCGGCGGUCGCGUCGCGUUGGAUGGUGAGUACGCCCGCGAAGCAUCAGCUGCAGAUCGGGCCCUGAGUGCGAAGAUCUUUGCGGCUAUACAAACAUUGCUGGACAACGGUCGCAUCAAAUCUCACCCAGUCAGAGUUUUAGCCGACAGCUGGGCCGGUGUCAUCCAGGGUGUGGACAUAAUUCGUACUGGGGCGAUCUCAGGACAGAAGCUGGUUGUCCGCGUCUACUGA